GCAAGUUCCACUAUAGCCUAGUUAGUCUAUACAGCAAAUUCCAAGUCAGCCAGUUACAGAGAGCGAUCCCAUUUCAAAAUAGUAACAAUAAUAGGAAUAAAAUACUUCCUUUUAAAACCCACUCGAUUGUAAGAAACACUACAUCGGACAGCAUAGGGUUCUUGAAAGCCGGCACAAGAGUUUCUAAACCCUGCAUCAAAAGGAGAGCAUACAUCUAACAGGCUUAAACCACAACGCACUCAACCACGGAACUCAAUUUCAGCGGGUUCGGGUUUCCAGCCCGGACAGGGUCAGCGCAGACUUCGCGCCUGCGCAGGCGCGGUGCCACUCACCCAGCAUGGAAGUGCUGGGCCUCCUGUGUGUGUUUGUGGCGGUCCUAGUGUGGGGAUUCCUCCGGGCAUGGGAAAACGCAGAACAAAUGACGACUCGGGGGGAUACUGGCCUGCCGGGAGUCGGAAGCCGGGCCCUUCUGGUGAUCGCGCACCCGGACGAUGAAGCCAUGUUCUUUGCUCCCACGGUGCUGGGCUUGGCCCGCCUGAAGCACCUGGUGUCGGUGCUCUGCUUCUCCACAGGAAAUUACUACAAUCAAGGAGAGAUUCGUAAGAAAGAACUUUUGCAGAGCUGUGAUGUUUUGAGGAUUCCACCAUCCCGUGUAACAAUUAUUGACAGCAGGGAUUUCCCAGAUGACCCAGGAGUACGGUGGGACACAGAGCGUGUGGCCAGAGCUCUGCUUCAACAUAUAGAAGUCAGUGACACCAACCUGGUGGUGACUUUUGAUGCAGGGGGCGUCAGUGGUCACAGCAAUCACAUUGCUUUGUACAUGGCCGUGAGGGCCCUGCACUCAGAAGGGAAGUUGCCUAAAGGCUGUUCUGUGCUCACACUUCAGUCUGUGAAUGUGCUACGGAAGUACCUGUCCUUCCUGGACCUGCUCUGCUCUCUGCUGUACCCUCAGGAUGUCCUCUUCGUGCUCACCAACAAAGAAGUGGCACAGGCUAAGAAAGCCAUGUCCUGCCACGGUAGCCAGCUCCUCUGGUUCCGCCACCUCUACAUUCUGUUCUCCAGAUACAUGAGAAUCAACUCACUGCAGUUCCUCUGAAGCCUUGAAGAGUUUUCAGAUCUUCAGAACAAAGGAGAGACUGGGAGUUCAGGUGUGGAGCCUAGAGCUAGUUUAUAACCUAAGGCCCAAAAAGAUCCCAGCAAAGACUCUACAGAGGAGAGGCCAUGUAAGCCAGUGGACCAUGCAAACUCAGCUUCUCCCCCUAGAGGAAAAUUUUAAACAGGACAGGGGAGAUGGCUCAGCAGCGAAAGGUGCUUGCUUGCGAAGCCUGCUGGUUCAGGUUCAAUUCCCAGUACCUACAUAAAGCCAGAUGCACAA